CUGUCAGUUUCGGAUAAGAGGAAAAAGGUUGGGGUCUUUGCUGCAGAUGGGGAUCAAACUUGGGUCUGUGAACUGAACAGGGCGAACGGACGAGGGAGCUAGCCCCAUGGGAUGGUGCAGCAGAUCUUGAAGGAUAAGAGACGCAUAACCAAUUAACAGGACAAAAGGCGGAGGCUUUAGGACGCACAGCAGCACGGCCAUCUUCCCCGGCGUCGGCGACCAAACAAGCGGCGGCAGCGGCCAACAGGCGCAGGAAAACAGCGGCAUGCGGAGCAGAUCUAAGUGACACGAAGGCCACCACAAGGUCCUUAGAGGAGCAGCGGCUCGCCGGCGGUGGCCUGGGAGCACGUGCACGUGGCCAGAGAGCUACGGUUCACAAAAACGCGUGAGUAAAGAAGCGGAAGAGAGAGGAGCUCACGUAGAUGAAGGAGGAGUAGCAGAUCGAAGUUGAGGAAGCCUCAGAUCGCGGGAAUUUGGCGGGGAAGCACCGGCGGGCGUAGAGGAAGAAGACGUUCGUGCGGUCUCUGUAGUCGAUCUGGCUUCAAUUCCUUGUGCAUGGACGUCGAGGGAGACGAGGCGGAGAUGGUGACGCGGUCGGGUCGUCGUGGUUCGGCCGGAGGAGGCGGCUCCACGGUGAUGUCCAUGGCAGCGGCUUUCGGGAGCUUGGCGGCGGAGGAAAAAGGAAGAGGAGGAAAACCCCUAGGGUUCCGUUUGCUUGGAGGAGAAGAAGGAGCUCGUGGCGCUGCUUAGAUAGAGGGAGAAGGAGGAGCAGCGGCAGGAAGAAGAGAAACAGCGAGAGAGAAAGAGAGAUGGCUCGUGAGGGAGAUGUUGGGCUGACUUGGGCUUCGGCUGGGAGUUGGGUUGGACCGAACAGGUAAGAAGAGGUGAGGCUUUCUCCUUUUCUAUUCCUUUUUAUUUAUUUAAUCUUCCAAACUUGAUUUGAAUUUGCAAUUCAAAUCUGGCUUUGAGGAAAAUUAGAUAAACAGAAAGAAAAAAAAGAAAGGGACAAGGAAGUUUUAGCAAGGUUUAGAAAGCUUGUUUUGAAAUGGAUUUUCAAAAUAGAGGAAGACAGGGUUGGGUUUAAUUAAUCCCAAGAAUAAUUCCCAAAGACAAAGUUGGUUUCAUAAAUAAUUUAAGGUUGCACUUUGCCACCUUUUAAAGAUAAGCAAAACUAUUUUGGGUUUUGUAAAGCACAUGAAAAGACAAUGCAAAAUUAAGCAACAAGUUUAAUGCAAGUGGAUAACAUUUCAUAUGACACGAUGCUAAUGACAUGGCAAAAUGUUGAUGAUGACAAUAAUUAAAUUACAAAACAAUCCAGAAGAACUUAAAAGGAAAAGGGUUGCUCUCGGGCUGUUACAUGGGCUUAGUAUAGCCAUUCGAAAAUGAGGAUGUAGAGAACUGAAGGAUGGUUGUGUACUGUGGCCAUCUUUGUUGCAAAGAAAUGUUAACGAUGCUGAAACUGUAAGAGUUUCCAUUAUGAUCUGGAUCCUGGUUCUGGUUUUCUCUAGUUAAAGUGCAGUUCCUCGAAACAAACUCAGGUCCCUUGAGCAAAAGCUGAAAAUCAUAGCAGAGUUCAGAACAAAGAAACUUGAGAUGGAUCAAAAGCACAGAGCUAAAAAUCCUAUGGAGUAUCAUAAUCCUGAACAAAGAAACUUGAGAUGAAUCAAAAGCAUGGAUUCACAAUCAUUCGGCGCAGAAGAACAUAGCAAAUGCAGCAGCACACAUCAAAACCAACGCGGCCAAAUUUUUACCCGGACCCAUGUUUCACACGAAACAGCAAAACUCCUUACCUUCACUAGGCACUAAGAGGGAUGGAUCCAAAAUGCUAGUAGAUCAGCAGCUAAGGCUCAAUAUUACUUUGCUUACCAGGAUUCCAGCAGGGCCGGCCGACCGGGGAUCGGAAUCGAACCGUACGUACGAGUACGAUGCGAACGAAAACGCAAGCAGCAAGCAAACGAAAGACGGCGGCGCCUUGCAUCGGCCCACCUCGCAGCCACCAUGCGAAUCCGAAAGCAUGUCCAUGUCGGGGAGGCAACCUGCAAAGCAAGCUGCGACUGCGAGCAGCACUCGGAUUUGACCCAGCUUCCAUCAGUUCAAUCCGUAUGCCAGUCCUAGUCGGGGGCUGGCUGCACCUCUCUGCCCUAGGCCGUGUGCUCGUGGUUUCUCUACAUAUACCUUCGAAAUUCGCAGAGCUCCUCCAUCCCCUCCUCUCGAUCACCUGCCUCCACAUUUUCGACCUCCAUCGCGCCAUGGCAGUCCUUCGCAAGCGCCCCGCUGCCGUCCUCAACGGCGACCACGCGACGGCGACCCAGGAAUCAGCGAAAGCGACGCGCUGCAAGAGGAGCCGCGUCACCGUCGGCAGCACUGACGACUACGUGGAUUCGACCUGCAUCGGCGCGGGCGGCUUCGGCGCCGUGUUCCGGGCGCGCCACCGCGUCACGGGCAAGAUCGUCGCCAUCAAGCACCUCAACUCGGAGGGCGCGAACGCCGGCGAGCUCCUUCGGGAGGCUCGCUUCCUCCAGCUCUGCAGCGGGAACCCGUACGUGGUGGGUUUCGAGGGCCUGGCGCGCGACCCAAGAACCGGCAACCUCUGCUUCGUCAUGGAGUACGUGGAGGCGCCCAGCCUCAACGACUUCUUCUGGGACACGCGCCACGGCCCGCGGCUGCCGGAGCCCACGGUGCGCGCCUUCAUGUGGAAGCUCCUCACGGGGGCCAAGAUGAUGCACGAGCGCCACGUCGUCCACCGCGACAUCAAGCCGGCGAACAUCCUCGUCGGGGCAGCAGAACAAGAAGGCGGCGGCGGGGAUCGGCUCCUCAAGAUGUGCGAUCUUGGGCUGGCCAUCUCGAUGACCGACGCGCCGCCGUACAACCAGGCCGGCACGCUGAACUACAUGGCGCCCGAGAUGCUCCUCCAGAAGACGGACUACGACGCGCUCGUCGACACGUGGUCGCUCGGCUGCGUCAUGGCCGAGCUCGUCACCGGCGAGGCGCUGUUCGACGACGAACAAGAAGAAGACGAAGAUGACGACGACGAGCGCGAGAGUGAGUCGCUAACCCAGCUCCGCAGUAUCUUCAGCGUGCUCGGCGUUCCAAGCGAGAAGUCAUGGCCCGAGUUCACGUCCCUGCCCCUCGCCGGUGAGGCGCUGCGAGCGUUGCCGGCCAUGGUCCGUCCGCAUCAAAGCAAGCUGCGGGAGAUGUUCCCUGAAGAAACUCUAUCCGCCGACGGAUUCAAGGUCUUGGAAGGGCUUCUCACGUGCAACCCCGCCAAGCGGCUCACGGCGGCUGCCGCGCUCAAACUCCCGUGGUUCACUCCUCUUCGUCCCGCCGCUGCCGCUGCUGCCAAGAUCAACGCGCCGGCAUUGCCCACAAAGAAGCCGCAGAAGAUCAAGAUCAUCCCGCCAGCGACACCGCAGAAGAAGCCGCCGACGAUCAAGAUCAUCCCGCCAGUGAUACCAGAGAAGAAGCCGACGAGGAUCAAGAUCAUCCCGUUCCUGCCAGCCGAGAAGAAGCCGCUGAGGAUCAAGAUCAUCCCGCCAGCGAUGCCGGACACAAGAAUCUACUGACCAUUUUACUUGCGGCAUGGAACGCACAACCGUUGUAAAACUGUAGAUGUAAUUAUCCUUGUAUCGAUCAUGUAGAAUCCUACCAAGGUUAAUUAAUUUCCGUAGCUUCAAGCUGUAAAGGAAUUAUGUAACAUGUUGAUGCUCUUGCAUAGUUGCAGAGUAAUUGCGUUUCUUCCAGAAUCUGUAAAACAUUGUA